AUGUUUCAUACAUUUGAGGGUUUCGAGAACCCAACGGCAGCAACUCCUGCCCGCAACCGGGCAACGAGUGAACGGCGUGAGUCGAUCAGUCGCCGCGUGACAACGCUACGUGCUUGCACAUCUUGUCGCCAUCGCAAGAUCAAAUGUGAUGGCGAGAAGCCCUGUGAGGCUUGUCGAUGGUACAAAAAGUCCGAGCAGUGCCACUAUUCAGACCCGCGGCCUUCGCGGAGACACGUUGAAAAACUAUCUACAACCUUAGAGGAAUAUAGAAGUAUCCUCGAGAAACUCUUCCCCAACUAUUCUCCAGAUUCCCUGGCCAAUCUGUCUCGAGAGAAACUUCUCGAGCUCACGACUGUAACGGGGCCAGGCCCGAGUCACUCUCAUCAUGCCGAAUCACCGGCUACGUCGGCCUCAGUAGAGGCCCAUGUUUCACCCUUAUCAAACGACGAUGAUAAUCUCGAGUCUCUGCAGAGCAUGCCCGAGGAACUGCCAGAUAGCCGCAAUGCUAGCUCCACAGAUCUAGUCGAAGGCGUCUCCGACGACGUUAACGCGCUUUCUCUUUCAACCAGACAGCCUUCCUCCUAUCUGGGCGUUUCAUCCAUCCAGGCUGCAAUUAAAGUUAUCGUCUGGCUAGACCCAGGCUGUGCCUCUUACUUUUCGCGAACACCGCCCAUUGUGCAAGAGGCAUCUGGCUGGCCCCAUCAUACUCCUAUUACACCCCCACAGCCGACCAUCCCGCCGUCAGAGAUGCAAAUGCUUGACGCUUAUUUCCUUUAUUUCCAAGCCUUUGCUCCAAUGAUCGACGAGCGAUCUUUCCGAGAGGCGUACUGUGCUGGUCGUCGGAGAGAUGACCACUGGCUUGCUCUAUUGAACAUUGUUCUUGCCCUGGGUAGCAUCGCCGCCACAAGCCCUGAUGAUUUGACGCACCAGACAUAUUUUCUGAGAUGCAAGAACCACCUCAGCAUCAGUUCCCUGGGAAGCUCUCACAUUGAAACUAUCCAGGCACUCGGCCUCAUUGGAGGCUGGUACUGCCAUUAUAUCAGUCAACCGAACCUCGCAUACUCCCUCAUGGGAGCCGCACUACGCAUGGCAGCAGCCUUGGGCUUGCACAAAGAGUUUGCCGAAACUCGCCAACUUCCAAGCCCGGCCAAGAUCGCCUCAAUGGACUUGAAGCGCCGCGUGUGGUGGUCCCUUUUCUGCAUGGACACAUGGGCUGGCAUGACCCUGGGCCGGCCAAGCAUGGGUCGAUUCGGUUCAACCAUUACAGUCAAACCUCCCCACUGCCGAGACAAGGAAAACGUCCUUGGCAUUCUUCCCCUCGUCGAAAACAUCCGCUUUGCCAAGAUUGCGACGCAAGUGCAGGAAUUCCUGGCUGCAGCACCCCUAGUCAAGCACCAAGAAAUGGCUCACGCAGACGCCCAACUCCUUGAUUGGUGGGAUAAUCUCCCCGCCAUCCUCAAAGAUCACGAGCCCUGUUCCGAAUCCAUCAAUACUGUCCGCACUGUCAUGCGGUGGCGGUACUAUAACCAGCGCAUGCUACUAUACCGACCCACACUGUUCAGCUAUGCCAUGCGCCGCGUGCCUUACAUCGCCCUGCGGCUGGAGGAGCGCACAGCCAUCGAGAAGUGUCGCGAGGUGGCGCAGCAGUCUAUUCAGAAUAUCGCUGCCACUGCUCAGCUCAACCAGCUUUGUGGUUGGAAUGCUGUCUGGUGGACCUUCCAGGCCUCCAUGGUUCCGCUGGUCGGGCUAUUCCUUAAUGAUCCUACUGUCGAUGACCCGCGUGCCUCGGUUGAGUCCUGCCAGGCGCAGGUGGAGACGGCCAUGAUGACUCUUGCUCGCAUGCAGUCAUUUGGACAUACGGCGAAGAGGUCGCUGGACGCUAUCUCGCGAAUAUACGAGGCGAGUAAGCGGGGCCAUGUCGCUGACCCCGACAGUGCUGGUCUUCUCUCCGGCUCUUUUCCCGCUGGUCGGGAUAUGCCGGCUAUGUUUUCGCCCGCGGAGCCUGCGCGUACUACGAUGCCCAUGACUGACAGUGGAUUCCUUGACCCACUCAGCACCCCCUUUGAAAACGAUUCGGGGGCCAGUAUCUAUGGGAGUAUCUGA